UAGCUUGCAAUUGUGUUUUCAUUGUGAUCUCAAAAGUGGGGUGAAGCUCCGCUUAGCCUCUGUGUUCAUUAUUGUUAUUUGAAUUUCAGGUGGGCGUUCCUGGCCGUAUAGUUCCCGUAAGGAAUUUUUAUAGCUUAUUUUUCGUGAAGCGUACAGAUGUUUCACAUCCAAAGACAUGAUUGUUCCCUUCGAAACUUCGAAUUUGCUGUCGUUUUUUACCCAAAUCUUCCUUAAUCAGUGUGGUCGGAACAUCUGUGGUACUUGCACAGUAACCGGCUAUCCGUGUUCUUUUAUGCGUCUUCAUUUCCAGAACUGUUGGCUGCUAGUUUGGAAUGCAACUGAGAAGAUUAUUUUUUCUUGCCGGUGGAAUUAGUGGACUUAUCCUUGUGUGGCACUUCUGCAAGGGGAGACGACAUAUAAAACUCGCAAAAACGGCACCCUUUUCCAAGGAGUCAGCGAAACCGAGAAAAACAAGGCUAAGAAUCAUGGUGUCAUAUUUCGGAUUUAAAGAAGCUCAAAAUGACACUGCUCUUGUUCACCGCUCAAUAAAUCUUGCAGUUGAUGCAAUUGUUGGGUUACAAGCGUCGAAUCAGGUUGACAGCGAAAAUGUUGCUGCGGCUUUUGAUUUGCUGAGCAAUAUCGUUUGUUAUCCGGAAAGUCUUGCAUUUUUUUCACCAUCGUUUGUAAAAGUUACCACAAUUUUCUGGGACAACUCAAAUAAUCUGGGGAACCAAGUUGUCCUAGCUGGGCUGAAGUUUUACUCUCUUGUAACUCUGAACGAAGAGUUUUUGGGUAAAGUUGCUACUAGUUGUGUAAUUCCCUGUGUUGAACUUGUCGAAAAUAGUUCGGAUCCGGAGUUGCGUCUUAGUGCCUUAAAAGUGUUGGUGAAUGUUUCAUCUUACACAAAAUGCAAUUCAUUUAUUCAAGAAGCGCUUUCGGUUCAAGUAAGUAGAAAUCCAGAAUUUAUUGCACUCGUGUUUAAUAUGUUUCUUGCAAUCGGAAACUAGAUCCCUUUCUACAUAAAUGAAAUAGCCACUAAAAAUGACGCAAAUAUUUUUUGCCUGAACUGAGCUCUAUGGAUGACUAAGUUGAUGUGGAAUAACGAAUGCCACAUUUAUUAGCGCCCUUAAGUAAUUUUUGAGUCUAAAUGUCGGUUAUGCACAGGAAAAUACCUGGCAUGAUACUGCGUAAGCUAAGCUCGCCGAUACGAACAAAACAUCGCCAAAACAUAGCGGCAUAGAAUUAUCUUUACACUUGCGAGAGCAAGUGUCUUGUAAUCGGGAACUAGUUACCGUAAACCAGUUUUACAAAUCUGUGAGAAAGUUUGAAGUUGCUUUAUUAGUAAACCUGUGCAACUUCGAGACUCUUUCCCUCUUGGCCGAGAAGAAACGCGGUUGGCUUUGCACCUCAAUGGCUGAGGUCCGAGUCCCUGGCGGACCUUGUUUUUUUUCAUUAUGUAUGAAUUUGAAAAAAAAAUGUUCCGGGAAAAAUUGAAUUGUCGGUCUUUUGUUUGUCAGCUUGUGUUUUGUUGGCUUAGUUGAUGCAUCGGGGAAGUUUUUUGUGCUGUCAGCAGUUUUCAUUGCAGAUGCAAGUGUUUUAGAUUUUCUCCUUAAUUUGUAAAAUGAAUAGCCCUGACGUUGUAUAUUUUCCUUGGUUUUCCUUUUUUCGCUUAAAAGUUAAAUUCGGCCUAAAUGGUUUCAGUUUAUGUGUUAUCGACUGAUGUACGUUAUUUUGUGUCGCUUCAAUGGGGAAAGUGAUUGAUUUUUUGAAA